GAAUUUUAGCAGAUUAUUGUAAAAUUUCAAUAUUUUUUUAAAAAUAUGUAAGAAAUGGACAUCUUCCUUCUAUUACUUUCUCUUUGAUUGUUCUUAAGGUGAAUCUUUCCAGCGAGCCGUAGUCCAUGCUGUGGUUACUGUAUCGGACAUUGCACUUUUCUUCAUGAACGGUGUGUACGUGAGUUUUGUUUUCCAAAGGCUCAGCUUGAGCAAAGUAUUUUGAGAGCAUCUGCAAAAUAUAUUCUAGACGCUGCUGCAUUUGCCGGUGAAGCAAAACUUGAUACAUUUCACUUGAGGCCGGAAGUGAUAUUGAUUUUGUUCAUUUGGAUGUUUGACCGAGAUACGCUAGUUUAUACGUAAGCACGCAGGAAUGGCAGUAGUGCCAUCGUGAAGAGGAUCCAGACUCGUUACUGUUAUAGCAAGCCGUAGAAUCUCAACCAAGAAUGCCCAUCGACGAAGCACAGCAGAAAACUCAGCAGCAGCAGCAAACUCAGCAGACCCAAUCGCAGCUAUACCCGACUGACCACCCGAAGGCGCCAUCGAAGCCCCGCUUGAACGAAGACGAAGAAGAGGACGAAGAUGACGAGGACGACGAUGACGAUGAUGACGACGGAGCGGGGACGGGUGGCGAUCCUACCGAUGGGGCCCGCAGUUACUCCAGUACGCAGGUGGCCUCGACCGGCGGUGGGUUCUUCGAGGAAGAUGAAGAGGACGAGGAGGACGAAAUCGAGGAACACUCCGAACUGCGGCAAUUGUUUGCGCCGAUAAUUGAUGCACAAGCGCAGAGCGAAGACGAGGAAGACGGGGACUACAUUCCGGAUGAGGAGGUGAAAAAGACUAUUAUGGUAGGGAGCGACUUUCAGGCGGCAAUACCGGAAGGUCUGUGUCGGUAUGAUGACGCGUUGCCUUACGAGAACGAGGACAAGUUGCUCUGGAAUCCGACGGUGCUGAAUGAGGAUCUAAUAGAAGAAUACCUGCUUAAGAUAGCGAACGGGGCCAGUAGUAAUACGGGGAAUCCUCAGACAAAUAGCGUUUUUUCGAUACCGCUUGGAAAACAUUUGCGGGAUGAUGAACAGGGACUCUAUCUGCUACAGCAAUGUGGACACAACAUUGACGAGGCUCUAAGGAGGAAGCGAAUACACGCUGUUCCGGUGGCUGAGCAACAGAUGAGCAUUUGGUCGGAGGAAGAGUGUCGGAAUUUUGAAAACGGAUUGCGGAUUCAUGGGAAGGAUUUUCAUAUGAUUCAACAAUCGAAGGUUCGCACCCGAUCCGUGGGAGAAUUGGUGCAAUUUUAUUACCUAUGGAAAAAAACCGAACGACACGACCUGUUCGCUAGCAAAACGCGGCUGGAAAAGAAAAAGUACAAUCUCCAUCCAGGAUUAACGGAUCACAUGGAUCGCUUCCUGGAGGAGCAGGAGAAUAGCACCGGAUUUGGUGAUAGGAGUUCGUCACCGGGCUUCAACAGUCUGUACAGUGGUACGUCGGAAGCGAAACGUAGCCGACUAAUGGAUUCGAAGGCAAGCACAGGAUCAUCAAAGAGGUCUUCGUCAGCGCUGUGACUUUCCGCUCUCCCCGGCACUCCGGCAGAGGGAUAAAUUUAGUAUUUACAACAGCUUCUAGAUAAACACCAUGCACAGCAGACAUUUGCGCAAAGGGUAUGAAAACUAGUGCUACUUACGACAUAAGAAAGUGUACAGCUUGCACACUUCACUGCACAGGACAGGGUUUGGCCUUCGUCGGGGAAGGUAAUUGGAAAAAAUGCAAACUCUUUUAUUGCUUCGCUGAUUGCAAAUAGCAAUCUUUUUGCAAGAGAAAUCUAUUUAACUUAUUUUGUUAGCAUUGACUCAGUUUUAUUGACAUGUUUAUAAGAGCUGAAGAGUAUUCGUAAAUGUAGGUGGGCCAUAAAUCGAUUUGAAUUUUGUGGGAUCAACGGAAAUCUUUUUUUGGUAUUCGGAAAAAAUGACCAUAUUUUCAUUUAUUCGUAUUACUAUCGUUUUUCCUAAAUGGCGAAGUCGCAACAAGCAAAAGUAAUUGUAUUGUAAAUUAUAAAUGUUACAUCAAAAUUGUCCAAAUUAUCUCCGUAUCAUGAACAAUACAAAAUAACUAAAACUCCAA